AUGGACAUCUCUCUAAUUGCCGAUACAGUAACAAUAGCUACACAACAAACCCUAGGAUCUGCAAACUCGCUUCUUCUCCACCGGCAAACUUGCAUCAGCCUCGCAGAUCAAUCUUCCCAAAUCUGCGCCCUCAUCGUUGAUGCCUUGGCUCCCCCGCCGGUCAAAUCCAAGACCUCCCGCUGCAGUCGCCUCCGCAAACGGCAGCGGAUCAGGCGGAAAUCUCAAACUGACGGAGAUUCCGGUGAUUGCGGAGAGGAAUAUGGUUUUUUAGGAGGUGGUGAUGGUGAUGGUUUGUUUGGUAAUGGCGGGGGUGGCUGGGGCGAUUUUGGUGGUGGUGGGAGAGGGUGGAAUUUUGAUAAGUUCGGAGGGCACAAUUGGGAUGAAUCUUCGUGGUGGUUUUCUUCACGGUCUUCGGGUUUCGCAUAUGGGUUUGUUUACGAGGUGAUUUAUUGGAUUGCGUUAUCAAAUUGCGUGCAUUUUGCAUUUAAGAAGGUUGUUAGGACCGUGGCUGAUGGAAUUGGUGAUACCGGGAGAGGGAAAGUCGUGCCUUUGAGAUUGGCUAACGUGUGCUAA